AUUAAAGUGUGAUGAACACGAAUUUAAGACAAUGGAUAAUAAAUGUGAUUGUAUAGUUCAUUUUGAAAGAAAAUCGGGAAAAUGUGAAUCAAUAUUUGGAUAUUGCAAUCAAACAUUUCAGUGCCGAAAUAAAAAAUUCAAAUGUUCAGACAAAACUAAAGGCUACUGCAAACCUAAUUGUGGAUAUUCAACAGAUGAAAAUUGCGAAAUGGGUUGCCAGUCAACUUAUGAAGAUGAAUGUAUACCUAUUGUUCAAUGCGAUGAUAAUUUGAAAUGUUAUGGUGAACAAGUGUGUUCAAAAGAUGGCUUUUUUAAAGGUCAAUGUCAUUGUCCAGAAGGUAAACCGGAUAAAAAGUACUAUUGUACACAUUCGAUAACAACAACAUUUGAAUCACCUUCAAAUGAUAAGACGGAUUAUGAAGAUUUCAAAAUUUUUAAAUAUUUUUUGAUUGCAAUGGUUUCAAUAACAAUAGCAAUGAGUUCGGCACUACCCUGUGUCUUUAUAAUUAGGGAUGUAAAAAAAAGAUUGAGAACUCCAGACAACCAACAGAAUCCAGAAAAUAAUGGAUUUCUUCCACCAACGCACGAAAAUCGAGAUAUAAAUGAAAAUACACCACAAAUUCCAGAUUCGGAAACAAAUGAUGAAACAGAAUGUUGAUUCACAAUAAACAAAUAAAUCAAUCCAUCCCAAUGUCGAUUUAUUGCUCAUAAAAAGCGAACUAAUUUUUUAGAUAUUUUCAUUUUUUAUAUACUGAUUAAAUAUAUGCAUUACUAAUUGUUCGUCGUUCCUGUAUCAAGUACAUUGUCAUCAUUCUUGUCUCAAUCGAACAAUGUAUAGUCAAAUAUUAUGAGUAUAAAUAA